AUGGAUCUGAUGAAGGAUUGGGUCCAUGCUUACGUCCAUGAAGCCAUCUCCCUUGGCUUGGAUGGACCCCCCAACAACCGACGCAUUCGAGCAAAGCUCACAAAUCAAGGGAACGAUGGUACCUGUUGUAGGGUCCGGGUGCGCGGCCCGCAGGUUGCUCAAAUCAUCCAGUGGGAAGAUCACCAAUCUCGUCUUCGGGCAGUGCUCUCCGACUCUGUCUCCUCCAUCCGUGGCCACUUUUCAGAUGACGCCGUAGCCAAAUAUCGUCGCGAGAACAAAUCUGAUAUUCGCGCAGGGACUAAAGGAGCUGUUAUGAAACUCGCUAAUUUUGACAUCCUCAUAACGAAUCAGUCACAUGCGGUUUCAGUAGCGCUGGAUAUUCGGGGUUUCGAAAUUAUAGGCUGCGAAGGGGCUGGUGCUUUUGGUAAUCCGCAUGAAAUCUCCAAGUCGCGCGUUAUACUCGCUCUAGCCAGAGAAUGGCUGUCCACCGGGAACGGCAAGGAGCGCAGGGAGAUAGAUACCCCGACAGCACAGCCUCAGGCGCAGAUAGCUGUUGCAAACCAUGAAUCGUCACGUUCGCCUGAGUUGUAUUUUGCUUCUCAAACAGCAUUUCUGUCCCAGAUUGACCCCAAGAAAGCAUCUGAGUUGCCCAAGAAAGCUACAACACUGCCGAUAAACAUGAGGCCUAGAUCAAAUUCCACAGAGUUGCUAGACAUGCUAACCUCGAAGAGACAAAAGAUCGAGAUUUCCAAGGCGCCUGACGCUUUCAUCGUUGUACGAUCGCCGUCAACAAAGGAAGCGAGUUGCGAUCGAGAUGCAAUACGGCCACUCCCGAACGAUGAGCCCAAUACAGCAAGGAGAUUGAGAGAGGUCUCUCACUUUCCAAGAAGAGACCAGCACAACAAGGAAACAAAUGAAGGAAACUCGGUCGAGAUAAAUUCCGAUAACCCCCCAAUUCCGUCACCGAUCCCAGCAACCAGUUCGAACGCCCUGCAAGAAUUUGGUGCUGCUAAUCACAACAACGAGCGUUCGGACGGCCCUCACACGACUGAACAUCGCAAAAGCGCAAUCAUAGAUGAUACUGACCCUUGGAAAGGUUGGAAGCGAAUAAGACGGCGAGAUGUUGUCAUUCCAAAAGACCAGCAGGAACUUAUAGAUAGUCCCGAUGCUUGGGUGCCACCUGCGGCUGGUCGGAUUUUGACCCCAGGGAGAGUCCCCAUUAAUCUGCUACGAAAAUGGAACGAAACUCAGAUGGAGCUCCACAAAUCAAAGAAUGCAAGAACGGAGGAAACUGGAAGCCCUCCUGCGCCUCAAGCGUCAGAACCGUCGGAUCAGCCAUCGACUCAAUUGGAAUUGGUCCACUCACCAGCCUCAAGCCCUUCAAGCCGUCAAUUGGAUGAGGAGGAGUGGCCUCCAUCGUCCCCAGCUUCAAACAGGCCUUCCGUUCCCCCCGAUAGUAGUCCGCCAAAACAGCCUCAAAAGGCCAUGUCUCAUAUAUCCCAGACCACAUCUUCCUACAGAUGCAUACAAAGUGACGGUGAUAAACUCAACAAUGCGGAGGAUCAGUUAAAUAACUCAGAAACAAAAAGACAGAUUUUCAAGAGUGCUAAAAAGCCCUCAUUUCAGUCAGGUCCUGAACCUGAACCUAGUGAAUUCGACAGUUCUGAGGCUUCGGAGCUUGAAAUUUCUUUCCCAGAGGUUUUGGAGACUUCGACCCAAGACAACCAAAUUCAAAAUACGGAAUGUACCCAAGGAGAGCCACUAUCCAGCGCUCCACCAGCAUUACAGCCAUCCAAAGGAGCCUCUUUUACUCAAGUUAAGCGAUCCCCGGAAGUCCCCACCAACACUGUCCAGCGCCGGACUCAAGCUGCUCAAUUAUUGGACCGUGGCGAUAAUCUAUUUAGUGAAGAUAUCAAUAGUACAAUGAAGCUUACUUUAGAGACUAUUAUCCCAGCAACAUUUGGCAGCGACAAUGUUAAUCGAUCGCCGCCUGCCCUAGUUGACGAUAGUGACAGUGAUGAUGAUAUGGCUAGGAGGCAACUGGCGUUUGAGUUAGAUGGCUUUAUCUCUAAUGCUGGCACGCAAACGGAACAGGCUGAUCCUCGAGACAACUUCCCCCCCGUGGACACUGAAUCUAGUGCUAAAAAGUCCUUAACAUCUCCCCAUCCUACACGCAACCAUGCUGAAUUGAUUGAAAUUAGCAAAAAGCGAAAAUUGGACAGCUGCUCUUCCCCGCCAUCACGGAGCCCAAAACGAAGAAUAAUAGACUCACAAACCAGACAUGGCCAAACAACGCCUAAAACGGACAAGGCCCCAAAGGACCGGAUUUCCAACGCCAGCCUCCGCCAGAUUUAUUUCGGAAGGCCUUCACCAUCGUCCGCGGUUGAAAAGAUAUACCACAAUUUUAAGCAGUCAUACUCCUCUUACGCCGGUGAUAUUCACCGCUUUAUGGAUACUUGUGUGAAAUUGCAGUCUCUGCGUUCAAAAGGACUACUGGAAAAGUCAAUCAUGUGGGAUGAUUUUGUCUGCCGCGAAGUGGACCAAUACCAAAAGUAUGCCCAGGGAUGCGAAGAAAGGAAAGAAACGCCCGAGUCUUACGAGCAGUAUUUCUUCAAACGUGCUACGGUUCCUUCUUUUAGAAGGAGGAAUCUUACUGUGAAAAGCCUUAAUAUCAUUCUUGCAUGGCAUGAAGAGAUUCAGAAGCAAUCUGACAAUAUAGACCUAUGCACAACAGAAUCUGAAUCCGAACCCGAACCGGAGCAGAGUGCAGACGCUCUUGAAAUGAAGCCAGGAGCAGCCGGCAACCCUAGAGACACGCAAACUACCAAAGUUCGGAAGGAAAAAGCAGCAUAUCGACAACGACAUGAUUCAGUGUCCAUUCCCGAUAGCGAAGAAUGGCAUAACUGUGAGACCCAUAAGUCUCCUAGUGUUGAGCUCGGCGACACAGAUGACUCCAGGAUCCUUUCAGGUGCCCAGAAGCGAAGCACUCUGGGAUUUGAAGAGAUUGAAAUGGAAGAUGAACUUACGAUGUCAUUUGAGGUCGAAACCACGUUUUCCGAUUGCAACGACCGUGAUGGUAUCAAUCCCGAAGAGCAGCCCUUGGAUAGCGUCGUUAAUGAACCCAGUCUUGAAGUCGAAGACAUCGCAAACACGAAAGCCUCGAGUAGUAGUCGUCGGGAAUCAAAAGGAAAACAACCUCUACAGGUCAUAGACCAUGAAGCAUCCAUCCUGUCGCAACCCGAAGACGCACGGUCCAUCGACGAAGCCUUUUACACCACAGAUUCAUUCUAUCCGCCCUAUCGGCGGCCCGAAUCCCCCACCCAAGGAUCGCAAGCUCAGGACCCUCUCGCAAGCGGACGCUCGGCAUCACCUUCGUCGAACUGGUGGCGAGACCCAAACACCCCGUUCAAACAGUUUGCACGGGCGUUUACGAACCUGCGCGGCGAACUGGGUCGAUAUCGGGGAGCGAAUGCGGAGGCUGUGCCGGUGGAUGAGAAUGGUGUCAUUCAGCCUCAACAGCUGUUUAGUUCGGGUGAUGAGUACGUGGAAGGGCAGAUGACCACUAUGGGAUGGGAGAUGUGA